ACGAGAGAAACAGAAUAAAUUUGCUGCUGACAGGAACUGGGAUCAGUACCAUUCUCCAAGAAACUUGCUGUUAGCUCUGGUCGGUGAAGUUGGUGAAUUAGCAGAAAUAUUUCAGUGGAAAGGGGAGGUGAAAGAAGGACUGCCAGACUUCACAGAUGCUGAAAAAGAACAUGUUGGACAAGAGAUGGGUGAUGUACUGUUGUAUCUUAUACGUCUAGCUGAGAAAUGUCAUAUAGACCUUCCUAGUUCUGUGCUGAAGAAAAUAGAACAAAAUGGGCUAAAAUAUCCAGCAGAUAAAGUUUAUGGUAAAAGUCAUAAAUACACAGAAUAUCAGAGUAAUGGGGAUACAACUGAACAAACAUGAUAAAUAAAAAUUUGUUUUUUAGGAAAAUGUGAUUAUUUGAGUUGUUUCCCUUGUUAGCAGAAGAUGCAAAUGUUGGACUUAAUUGUUUUGUUUUUGUUUCAAGGGAAAAUUUUACAGCCGCAUUUCAUCAAUGACAGGCAAUUUUUUCAGGGAAACAUAUAUUGACCAUUAUGUUGUUUCAUUGAUGUAACUUGAUUGCAUGAAUAAGAAUUAGUAUGUACUUUAUGUAAUACAAGAGUAACAGACCCUUGUUUAAAUUUAAUUCAACAAUUUUACAUUAGUUUAAUUCAGUGUUUGAGAAACAAUUCUGUGUUGUAAUUGUUGUUUUUUUCUUCUUUUUUUGUAAUUGAAAUUUUACAGAUCAAGUUUUAUGUAUUUUCCAAAUUUAUUGAAUGUGUAAAUUAUUUGUACCUAUUAUAUUUUUUCAUUAUUUUUUAAUGAUUUGUUUGUGUUACAGAAGUUAAUUUGACAAUUUAACUCAUUUUUUAUGCAAUUUGACAUAUUGAUCAAUUUUAAUCUGCCAGUUUCUAAAACAUUUUUGCUUUCACUUUCCAUAUCAUUUUAACAAAAUUCUUUUCUGUAUAAAUUAAACAUGCUGAUAUUAAAGGUUUGUAAUUUUAAUAACGGCACUUUUUUAGUAUUUCACAAUGUUUAAUGUGUUGUGUUUUGUCAUUUAUAGAUAAAUGACUUUUGAAUAAAAUUGAAUAGA